AUGAGGUGUGUACGGGCUGCGCUUUGUGGGAUUGUGCUGCUAAUGCAUGUUAUGAUAACCAAUUCACAAGCCUCAGGUAAGUACGAUUCACCCAGUGGAGACUGUUCUCAGUUUGCUUCAUGUGAUAGCUGCAUCAGUGGAGACCCAAACCUCAAUCUCACACGAUGUGUCUGGCAAAGUUGUAAUAAUGGGAAUGACACAGGAUGCAUGUCUGACACUGAAGACUUUGGGGACUGUUCUGCCUUCAAUGAGACUGGGAUGUGCCAAAGUGAGCAAAAUACUGAUAAAAACAUAACAGAUAACACAACCCCUGAGUUCUCUCAAGCAUCAUUUGACCUGUCCAGUUUCAUUGGGGGAAUCAUCUUAGUGCUAGUAUUGCAAGCUGGGGGAUUUUUUGCCAUGCGCUUCCUCAAAACCAAAGACAGCUCCUAUGAAACUAUGUGA